AUGUUCGAAACAAUCAAAAUCGAAACAACAACAACCAUACUCAUUCUCCUCAUCCUACCUCUUCUUCCUCUACCUCCGUCUAUUCUUCUGCCUAUUCUUCUCCUUCGUCAUCUUCUACUCCAUCUCCUUCCCGUCGCCCCACUCGUUGUCACCAGACUGGCAGGGUGAGCGCGCUCACUCUGGCAGCCUGAAAUGUUCGUUCCCUUUUAGACAAUCCGAGGAGCAACCGACCGGAGCGGAGGACGGCGCUAGUGGCACGAGAACUGGCGCGCUACAAGGUGGACAUCGCCGCACUCAGCGAGACCCGUUUCUCCGAACAAGGUCAACUGGAGGAGGUGGGUGCUGCCUACACCUUUUUCUGGAGCGGUCGACCCAGGGCAGAGCGACGGGACGCGGGCGUCGCCUUCGCCAUUCGGAAUGACAUCGUGGGACGACUGCCCUGUUUGCCGCAGGGCAUCAACGAUCGCCUGAUGAGCCUCCGCCUGCCUCUCGGGGGAGGCAAAUUCGCCACCAUCAUCAGCGCCUACGCUCCGACGAUGACCAACCCCGACGCCGUCAGAGACGAAUUCUACGAGGACCUGCACGCCCUCUUGGCGACUGUGUCGAAGGCGGACAAGUUGAUUGUCCUUGGUGACUUCAAUGCCCGCGUCGGCACAGACCAUACUGCCUGGAGAGGAGUGCUGGGUCCCACAGUCUCCGCGGCUCAAACGACAAUGGUCUGCUGCUUCUCCGCAUCUGCGCAGAACACCGCCUCAUCCUGA